UGUAAGAAGUCCAGUCAGUCAAUGUGGAUUUCUCCUGUCAAAAGUCUUCAGUUUUGCCUACCACAGACCCUUUAGAUACUCUUCUCUGUGCCAUGCUCUGUGGCUCUCAUCACAAGAGGAAUUUGUCUUCAUGAAGAUUCUUAACAUUGGUAAUGUGAUGAAUAAAUUUGAGAUCCUUGGGGUUGUAGGUGAAGGAGCCUAUGGGGUUGUACUUAAAUGCAGACACAAGGAGACACAUGAAAUUGUGGCCAUCAAGAAAUUCAAAGACAGUGAAGAAAAUGAAGAAGUCAAAGAAACCACUUUACGAGAGCUUAAAAUGCUUCGCACUUUGAAACAGGAAAACAUAGUGGAGCUGAAGGAAGCUUUCAGAAGAAGAGGAAAAUUAUAUUUAGUGUUUGAAUAUGUGGAAAAAAAUAUGCUUGAAUUGCUAGAAGAAAUGCCAAAUGGAGUUCCACCUGAAAAAGUAAAAAGCUAUAUCUACCAAUUAAUCAAAGCGAUUCACUGGUGUCAUAAGAAUGACAUUGUUCAUAGAGAUAUCAAACCAGAAAAUCUCUUAAUAAGCCACUGUGAUGUUCUGAAGCUGUGUGACUUUGGCUUUGCUCGGAAUCUAUCAGAAGGAAGCAAUGCAAACUAUACAGAAUAUGUGGCCACCAGGUGGUACCGUUCACCUGAACUCUUGCUUGGAGCCCCCUAUGGGAAGUCUGUGGAUAUGUGGUCUGUAGGCUGCAUUCUUGGGGAACUUAGUGAUGGGCAGCCACUAUUUCCUGGAGAAAGUGAAAUUGACCAGCUUUUUACAAUUCAGAAGGUGCUAGGACCACUUCCAUCAGAGCAGAUGAAGCUUUUCUACAGCAAUCCUCGUUUCCAUGGGCUGCGGUUCCCAGCAGUCAACCAUCCUCAAUCUUUGGAGAGGAGAUAUUUAGGAAUUUUAAGUGGUGUUUUGCUUGACCUUAUGAAGAACUUGCUGAAGCUGGAUCCAGCAGAUAGAUACUUGACAGAGCAAUGUUUGAACCAUCCUUCGUUUCAAACUCAGAGACUCUUGGAUCGUUGUGGAAGUUCACCUUCACGGUCAGCUAAGAGAAAACCUUAUCAUGUAGACAGCAACACAUUGUCUAACAGAACUCAAGCCAGCAAAAGCUCUGCUGUGCAGUCACAUCACAGAUCGAAUAGCAAGGAUAUGCAGACUCUAGGGGCUGGACUGCAAAGAGGAGAAGAGGUUCUUCCAGCAAAUGAAAGCUUUCUAAAUGGAAAUCUUCCUGCAGCUGCACACAGUCCAAUGCAUACAAAAAAACCAAGUAACCCACCUGGAUCUGGCAACAAGGAUCUAGCCAAUAACAACAUACCACAUCUUCUCAGUCCAAAGGAAUCAAAGACAAAAACAGAAUUUGAUUUUAAUUUGGACCCAAAAGCUUCUGAUGGUCCAGGUACAAAAUAUCUGAAGUCAAACACUAGAUCUCAGCAGAACCGGCACUCAUUUAUGGAAACGUCUCAAAGCAAAACUGGCACUCUGCAGCCAAGUGAGAAACAUAGUCGCCACAGCUAUAUUGAUACUAUACCCCAGUCUUCAAAGAGUCCCUCCUAUCGGACAAAGGCAAAGACUCAUGGGGUUCUAACAGAUUCGAAAUCAGUGGGUAAUCUUUCUGAGGCCAGGGCUCAAAUUGCGGAACCAAAUAGCAGUAGGUAUUUUCCAUCAAGCUGCUUGGACUUGAAUUCUCCUACCAGUCCUACUCCUCCCCGGCACAGUGACAAUAGAACUUUACUCAGUCCUUCGGGCAGGAAUAACCGAAGUGAUGGUACCCUGGAUUCCCGAAGACCGCCAACAAGACAUUCCAAAACCAUGGAAGAGUUGAAAUUGCCAGAUCACAUGGAUGGAAGCCAUUCACAUUCAUUAUCUGCCCCACAUGAAUCGUUUUCAUAUGGUCUAGGUUACACAAGUCCCUUUUCCUCACAGCAGCGCCCUCAUAGACAUUCCAUGUAUGUGAGCCGAGACAGAGUGAGGUCCAAGGGCUCAGAGGGUGGCUUAAGCGUAGGGCAGGGGAUGGCAGCCAGAGCAAACAGCCUGCAACUGUUAUCUCCACAGGUGCAGCAUAGGUCACUCACACGAUCUGUUGGCUCUUCACGGGAAGACUGUACAGAAGAUACUAAUAGGAGUGACCAGAUCCCACCAGAGAUGAAUCUAACACGACCUGCAGUUAAAGAUUCUUCCAGAGAUGUUACUACUUCAUUUCAUUCACGGCAAAAGUCUGAGGGUGGAACGUAUCAUGAUCCGCACCCAGAGGAUGGAGCCUCUAGUAAAGAAAAUAGACUUCUGUAUAAUGACCCUAUUCCCAGAAGAGUUGGCAGCUUUUACAGAGUGCCAUCUCCACGUCCAGAGGGUACAUUCCUUGAAACCAAUGUGUCAAACAGAGUCAGUGCACUACCAGCAGACAGCAGCACUGUGACAAACCACUCAAAAAGACAAACUACCUUUGAUCCAUGGAAAAGUCCUGAAAAUGUUAACAGUCAGUCAGAGCAACUCAAGGAGAAAGAAAAACAAGGUUUUUUCCGGGCAAUAAAAAAGAAAAAGAAGAAAUCUCAAACUAUAGAAUCAACCAACGGGGAGAAUCCAAGCAUCAAGAAAUCCCUCUUUCCUCUUUUUAAUUCAAAGAAUCAUUUAAAGCAUAGUUCUUCUUUGAAAAAGCUUCCUGUAGUCACUCUACCCAUGAUGCCCGGCAGUGAUGGUCAGGAUCUUUUGGCAUUACAGAAAGCCAUUCACUCUUCCAAUCUCCAGAGCAGCAGGCAGAAGGAUUGGCAUCCUGAGAAGAUGACAGAAAUCCAGACGCAUAGCCAACCUUUAAAAUCCCUUCGGAAGCUGUUACAUCUCUCCUCCUCCUCAAAUCAUCCUAUCCCCUCUGAAUCCCGCUUCCAGCCGUUACCGAGCCAGCCAGCCAAAGCUGCUUUUUCUGAAGUGCGAAUUCACCCCAUAAGUCAAACUUCCGGUAGCAGCAGCAGCAGCAAUGUGCGGCAGGAGCCCCAAUCAAAAGGCAGGCCGACGCUUCAGAUACCAAGCCAGAUAGAACCAAGCUGGCAUGUGUCUCCAGUGAACAGGAGUGCUAGUGAUGGGACUUCCUACUCUGAUCAACUGCCUUCCAAGAGUGGACAGAAUGGGCCCACGUAUAACCGAACAAACCGAUCCCGAAUGCCAAAUCUGAAUGAUUUAAAGGAGACGGCCUUGUAAUGGCACUCCCGAUUGUACACCAAUUAACAUGGGAAUUUGAGUCGAGGGUUUGGUGGUGGUGCUGGUGAUAGUAAGACUGUAUUUUCAGCUUUAUAAAAGUGUGCAAUAUGUACCUGUGGGGCUAUACUGUUUGGCACCACACUGAUAGUCAGGGAUCAUAUAGUAAAACAAGAUGAAUUAUUAAUUACCAGUCAUCAGAAAUCUCAUUGGAUGAUAGUGUGUGCAAUUCAGGGAGAAGAAAUGUGUUGCCAUUUUUUCUCAUUUACAUUCCAGCUCAGUGCACAUCUCUGUCUGAAAGCCCGGGUGAGUUUAAGUACGUACUGGCACUUCGAGGGGUGAAAACAAUUAGUGUCUAGACUUAUGCCCUUACUACAUAUUUUGCUGCCUAGUUAAAACAGUGGGGUUUAUGUGAUACAAGUAUCCCUGUUAAGGGUUAAAGUUGAAUUGUAUGUCUUAAAUUUGUUUUUUAAACUUCCACAUUUGAUAGGAUUUGUAAUAUUUAUUUAUGAUGAACUAAUAUCGUACUGUUAUAAUCAUAUCUCUUCUGUUACAAUGUAAAGUUAUUUUGAGCUGUUUGAAACAUUGUGAAGCAGUGCAACAGCUACCGUAGUUUCUAUAAAAACUAACAGUAACAUUUAUAUAUUGCAUCAGGAGUAUUUUAUUCUCUCUCUCUCUCUCUCUCUCUCUCU